AUGGCGGCACCCCCUCUCCUCCUGCUCGCGGCCCUCCUGCUGCUGCUCCCGGCCGCCGCGCGGUCCGCGCCCGCCCGCGUCUUCUCCGUCGCGGACUACGGCGCGGCGGGCGACGGGUCGCGCUACGACACGGCGGCCAUCCAGGCGGCCGUCGACGCCUGCGCGGCGGCGGGGGGCGGCCGCGUGCUCCUCCCGGCGCCCGGGGACUACCUGACGGCGACCGUGCGCCUCCGCUCGCGCGUGGUGCUCGAGGUGGCCCCCGGCGCGCGGCUGCUGGGCGGGACCCGGCAGCGGGACUACCCGCCCGAGUUCCGCCGCUGGUACGUCGUGCUGGCCGAGAACACCACCGGCGCGGGCGUCACCGGCGGCGGCGAGAUCAACGGCCAGGGCGGCGCCUUCGUGGUCACGCCCAGCGCGCAGAAGAACGUCAUGGUCAGCUGGAACGCCACGGGGGACUGCCUGGGCGACGAGUGCCGCCCGCGGCUCGUCGGCUUCAUCGACUCCAAGGACGUCGCGGUCCAUGACAUCACCCUCAACCAGCCGGCCCUGUGGUGGUGUGACAACUCGGUGAUCCGCAAUGUCUCUAUAUACGGGGAUUUCGACACUCCUAACAAUGACGGGAUUGACAUCGAAGAUUCAAACAACACGGUCAUCACCGAUUGCCACAUAGACACCGGAGAUGAUGCGAUCUGCCCAAAGUCUAGCACAGGGCCUGUUUACAACUUGACAGCAACAAAUUGCUGGAUCCGUACUAAAUCGUGCGCUAUCAAAUUUGGAAGUGCAAGCUUUUUCAACUUUGAGAAGCUGCUCUUUGACAACAUUACUAUAGUUGAUUCACAUCGAGGACUUGGAAUGCAGAUCCGUGAUGGAGGGAAUGUUAGUGAUGUGACAUUUUCAAACAUCAAAAUGCGGACUAGGUACUACCAUCCUUCAUGGUGGGGGAGAGCUGAACCGAUCUACAUCACUACCUGUCCAAGGCACCCUGAUUCCAAAGAAGGCACCAUUUCAGAUGUUCGUUUCAUCAACAUCUCAUCAGUAUCAGAAAACGGUGUUUUCCUGGCUGGAUCGAAGCACGGAUUGCUUCGCAACUUGAAGUUCAAGAAUGUUGAGCUGACCUACAAGAGGUGGACAAACUACACUGGGGGCCUGUAUGACUACAGACCUGGAUGCCGGAAGAUGGUGAAGCACAAGACUGGCGGUAUGAUGCUGGAGCACAUCUCAGGCCUGGAGGUUGACAAUGUCAGCAUGAGAUGGUGGAGAGGAAGCCUGGAAGGGUGGGAUGUUAACCCGCUCCUCUUCCGGCCAUCCACUAUUGACGGGCUGUCGUUCCACGAUUGGCAAUCGCUGGAUGUUCAAUAG